GGUUUACCUAUCCAAAUCUUACUUGGGCUAUUGCAAAAUAUAUCUGUGUCUCUAUCACUCUCCGAUUCUCGUCUCCAUGGCUAGCCGAGUUUUCAACCUUCUUACUCCUCAUUCUUCAGAUAGGUUUCAUGCAAGGAACAAUCAAUUCCAAAUGAAUGGAACAAAAGGGUUUUUUGAGGUCCAGAUCUUGGACAAAAAUCAUCUGUAUUGGAGGUUGGAUCUUCCCGGAGUUUCUAAGGAACGCUUCCUCUACGCAAUCGAUAAAGAAAAGAAAUUGAUUUCUAUUGAAGGAGAAGCAUUGAAGGAAUCUGAACAUGAAGAGGGGGGUCGCAGCUAUGGCGCUUCCUUUACACUUGUCUGCAACUGCUGUGAGAUCUCUAACGUUAAGCACGAUGUCAGAGAUAGGGUGCUGAGGAUGACUCUUCAGAAAGUCAGAAUCAAAGACGCUCAGAGAGAGUGCUAUCAAGGAGAUGGAAAUGAAGUUCCUGAUGAAAUUGAAAAUCUUCAUUCAGAUGGAUCUGGUAGAGCCGUAGAGGACCGCCCAUAUUUGUUAAAGGGAUCAAGGGAGGCUUUUGAAUCAAUACUAACUGAGAACGGAGGUCUGUUUCUUAGGGUAGACAUGCCUGGGGUUGCGGAAGAAGAUGCUAGGGUUUGUGUGGUUGGUGGAAAUGUCAUAUUCUUUGGCAAAGCCCUGAAAGUUAUGGAGCAUGAUUCGAGUGGACGUGAGUACCUUGGCAGCGUCUCCUUGUUGCCCAUGACCCCGAUUGAAGGCAAUAUUGAGCAUGCGAUGAAGGAUGGUGUUUUCAGAUUGUCCAUUUCACCUGUCUAAUGUUGGAUAUUCAUGAUCUUACUCUUGUUAUAGUCUAAUUGGCAAUAAAUUUUUCAAAUCAUGGUAAUAGAAAAAAAAAUUACAAAAUCAAGAUGGAGAGAAAUUUAAUUUUCAAA